AUGCCCCACUCCCUGUGGAUCAUGCUAGCUACUGAGAAUCGAAGUUUCUUCUCGCUCACCUUUUUACGUCAGUUCGGACCGCAGCUCCUGCCCAGUCCUCUGCGGGAAUUCGUCGUCGAGGUGCUGGAAGAUCGUCGAAUUACAAGAACCAAGUUGGAGGAGCUCUGGCACUCUGUGGUGCGUCCGAGUGUGGCCUUCGCGGACUAUGAUAUUGCGGACAGUCGGUGA